AUGCAGAUCUUUGUAAAGACUCUGACAGGCAAGACCAUCACCCUCCAGGUGGAGUCCACUAUUGAGAAUGUCAAAGCCAAAAUCCAAGACAAGAAUGGCACUCCACUUGACCAGCAGUGUCAGAUUUUUGCUGGCAAACAGCUGAAGGAUGGUUGCACUCUCCCAGACUACAAUACUCAGAGAGAGUCUGCACUGUACUUGGUGCUAUGCCCAAGGGGUGGCAUCAUCAAGCUAUCCCUCUGCCAGCUGGCCCAGAAAUACAACUGCAACGAGAUGAUCUGCUACAAGUGUUAUGCUCGCCUGCACCCCCAAGCUGUCAACUGCCUCAAGAAGCGCAGCUUUACCAACAAACUGUGCCUCAAAAAGAAGGUCAAGUAA